CGUUGCAAUCAAAAAUUUAAAAACUUCUUGACUACUCAUGUGCACAAGCAUUCGUGCAACUUUUCUCCUUGGCACGAGUUUCUGAAGAGAGAGCACGAUUCGGUGCGAGUACGAACCAGCUUCUUCGUACCAGUGGCGGCAAACUCGUAUGGUUCAUGAGAAAACAUCAUCGUCGAUACCAACCUAGCAGUACAGUACUGUACGUAUCUUUCUAUUUGCAUAUUCCAGUUCGUCACAUUUCGAUCAUCAUCGAUCUACAGUUCUUCAAAUGAUCCUCUCCCGAAGAUGCUGUUGUGCUCAGAGCAUUGUGUUCUUGCUCGUGGCUCUUGUAUCGAGAGCAUUUGGCGCCGUAGAAAUUCCCCUGGGUGCAAUCAUUUUGCAACUGCGCUCGGCAGUUGAUACAGAUGCAGCAGAGCUUAAUGAAAGAGUCGAAGCGAUCACAACGAAUUAUUUGAACCAGUACUUUAAAGCCUACUAUGCGAGAACAGAACCGGACGACGACGAAUACUUUGAAAAAGCAGUCAUCUCUGCGAAUAGCUUUGGUGUGCACGGGGUCGAGGGCAGUUAUAUCACUACACUCGAAAUCGAAGGGACACUCUCAUUUACUUCGGACGAAGUUCCAACCAGUUUUUUUAUUGAAACUCUCCUGCGAAACGCCUUCAAGGGGCAAAAUGAAAAAUUAUUUCUGGACCAACUUCUCAAGGAGGAUGAAGACUUUCUGCAGAAUCUAACGUAUUUGAUAAUUGACAUCAAUAAAACCAAGGUUGCAGAAUCCUCUGUCGAAGAUGGUGCUCCGAGUGGCGAUUCCUCGAGCAGUGGAGUUGAAGCAUCUAGAGCAAACGAAAGAAGAGUUUUAAAUGAAAAGUGGAUAAUUGCCUUAUUAUGCGUGACCAGUUUGAUUGUCGCUUUGAUGAUUUUGGCAUGCUAUUUUUACCUGCGUCGUCGAUACACGAAACCAAUAGCAGCGAAAAAGACAAAGAAAAAAGCCGAUAGCGACAAUGAAGAGCCAAUGAAAGUAAUCAAACUUCCACUGAAGAAAAAGCAAUCCUCAUCAACGGAUGAUAAUGUUGGUGGAAAUCUCCUAAUGUCACCAACGUCGGCUGGAACUACGCCCACGAGUGCAGGCAGCCUCUCCGAUCACAUGGACCAUCCUCCACCUUCCCCCAUACAAUCUUUGACGUCCCACUGCUCCAGUAUGUUUACAAAUGGCGACAACAUGUCAAGGUUUGCAAUUAGGAAAGCUAACAACGACGUUUCAAAAUUCAGUCUUGACAUGCCUAGUAUUGAUCUUGGCACUUGGCGAGGAGGCAGAGUAGAUCCCCCCGAAUUUGGAUCAGAUAUUUCCGCCAUCGUAACUAGGAAAGACUUGAGUUUGAUCGCGGAAGAAAAAAGCGACAUAGAAUCCGGGGUAGAUACCGAGAACAACAGUCGAAGCAGAAGAAAAGGUUUUCUUGGCAGUCGGUAUUCAUCACAAAGCUCACGGGGAGAAAUAAGCUUGAGGCAGGCUCAGUCUCGUUCGUCGUAUCGAUCCGAAACCUAUUUUUACAAUUGCAGAAACGUACCGAAUGAUGAUACCGAUAGCGACUGUCCGCUAGAUACUUCUGCAGGUGAUGUUAUCUGCGAUUUGAAGAACCUCUCCAUACAGAUUGAGCGAGAGCGAAACAGUAGAAGGUCAAGACACAGUACUACCCAUCAAUAAGCAAUAAAAGCAGCGGAAGAAAAUAAAAUGUUAUGACAACUGGGAAUUUCUGCGUGCUAACAAAAAUGACAUUCAUUCUCAUGACUUUGAGGCCACUAGAGCCUCACAUUUCAUAUUUACAGAUAUCUUGUUUUAAUAUACUGGGGAUAUAAUAUUAAUACUAUGAACCAAACGUGAUCAUUUUUUCCCUUUAAUGUGUCCAUUUUCCAUUUACGCCCUAGUCUACUAGCUAGUAGUAGUACUAAUAUUAAAUGUGUCAAGAACAAAUUCCCCAAUCAAAAUAGAAAAUAUAACAGGAAUAUACCA